UACGCUUUGGCUUCGCUGCGUGCGGUUGUCUGCGUUUGACGUGCUCUCAACAACACAAAUAAUAUACGAAAAGAAAACCCAUAAAACGAAAAGCGAUUGAAUAUUACAAGUGUCGCGCUCCCUCUUAAUAAAAUAAAACACAAUAUUUUAAAUUAAAUUAUUUUACACAGCAGACUGAGAAAUGGCCGCAAAUCCAAACGAAGCUCUCCUAAAUCGCCCAGGCCCCAAUCGCCUGAGGCCCGCAGAAAACUAUAGGACUACCAAUCCCGAGGAGGCCGUCAAGAUCCGCAUGUCCAAGGAGGGUCUUGGUGCCGAGGAACCCAUCUCCAUACCCGGUCUGCUCAAGCGCAGCGCCAACAAUUAUCCCGACUAUCCGGCUCUGCGUACCAAGAAUGGAAAAAACGGAGGCUACACCACAGUCACCUACAAGCAAUACGAGCAAAAGGUUCAUCAGACGGCCAAGGCAUUCGUCAAACUUGGCCUGCAGGAGCAUCAUUCGGUGGGUGUGUUGGCGUUCAACUGCGCCGAAUGGUUCUACUCAGCCAUGGGUGCGAUUCAUGCACGUGGCAUCAUUGCCGGCAUCUACACGACCAAUUCCGCUGAGGCUGUGCUGCAUGUUCUCGCAGAUUCGCGGGCACAAAUUGUCAUUGUGGAUGACUCGAAGCAGAUGGACAAAAUUCAAUCGAUUCGCGACAAAUUGCCACUGCUUAAGGCGGCCAUUCAAAUCCAGGAGCCGUAUCCAGCUUACUUGAAAAAGGAGGAUGGCUACUACAGGUGGUCGGAGAUUGAGGCCAUGAACGUCAGCGAUGUGGAGGACGAAUACAAGCGGCGCUUGGAGAGCGUUGCCAUCAACGAGUGCUGCUCGCUGGUCUACACCUCGGGCACCGUGGGCAUGCCCAAGGGUGUGAUGCUCUCACACGAUAACAUUGCCUUCAAUACGCGUGUCAUUGCCAAGGGUUUGGAGAAGGUGGUGAUGGGAUCGGAGGCAAUGGUCAGCUAUCUGCCGCUGUCCCAUGUGGCUGCCCAAACUGUGGAUGUCUAUACGGUUGCCUCGAUGGCCGGUUGCAUUUGGUUUGCCGAUAAGGAUGCGCUGAAGGGCACGUUGGUCAAGUCACUGCAGGAUGCGCAUCCGACGCGUUUCAUGGGCGUGCCGCGUGUGUUUGAGAAGUUCCAGGAGCGCAUGGUUGCCGUUGCCAGCUCCAGUGGCAGCUUUAGCAAAAUGAUUGCCGGCUGGGCCAAGGGCAUCACACUGAAGCACUACAUGGAGAAUCAAGGCAAAAGCAGCGGAGGUUUCCGCUACAAGAUUGCCAAGUCCCUGGUCAUGUCCAAGGUGAAGGCAGCCCUGGGCUUUGAUCGUGUGGUCAGCCUGGUGAGCGCUGCCGCUCCCAUGUCACCGGAGACCAAGAAGUACUUCCUCAGCCUGGAUCUGAAGAUAUUGGAUGCCUUUGGCAUGUCCGAGACUGGCGGUUGUCACACGCUUUGCCAGCCCGACUGCACGCUCUUGAACACCAUUGGCAAAUCGAUGCCCGGCUGUGAGUCCAAGAUUAUCAAUCCCGAUGAGAAUGGACAUGGUGAGCUGUGCAUUCGUGGCCGUCACGUCUUCAUGGGCUAUGUGUCCAACAAGGAGAAGACCGAAGAAUCGCUGGACGAUGAUUGUUGGUUGCACUCUGGUGAUUUGGGCUACAUCGAUGACAAGGGCUACGUGUGUCUGACGGGUCGCUCCAAGGAGCUCAUCAUCACAGCCGGUGGUGAGAAUAUUCCGCCUGUGCACAUCGAGAACAUUAUCAAAAAGGAGCUCGAUGGCAUUUCCAAUGCUUUCCUUGUGGGUGAACAGCGCAAGUAUCUGACGGUUCUGGUUUCCAUCAAGACGGAGGUCGACAAGGACACUGGUGCACCGUUGGAUGAGUUGACACACGAGUCGACGGUUUGGAUGAAAUCUCUGGGAGUUGAGCACAAGACACUCUCGGAGAUAUUGAAUGCUGGUCCCUGUCCCAAGGUGUUCAAGUCCAUCGAGGAUGGCAUCAAGCGUGCCAACAAACAAUCCAUCUCGAAUGCCCAGAAAGUGCAGAAGUUCGCCAUUCUGCCCCAUGACUUCUCCAUUGUCACCGGGGAAUUGGGUCCCACUCUGAAGGUGAAGCGCAAUGUGGUUAACAAAAUGUAUGCCGAGAUGAUCGACAAGCUUUAUGCAUAAAUCGAUGGAAGGCGUAGCUGAUGAAGAAACCAAAAGAAAACCAAAAUUAUCCAGAUACCAGAGCAAAGGGAACUUGAGCUUUAAAAUGAAAUGAAUUUAACGGACUUUCAAGCCAUUGAGUGCCAGCUAAAAACUACUACUACUACAAUACUUAAUAUACACCUAUUCUACCAUAUAUAUAUAGCAUAUAGAGCGGAGAAAGGAGAGGGUUAUUCACUCAAUUUGUAUGAGUGAUGAUGAUUAACUUUGAUGAUGAUGAUGAUGAUUACAAUGAUGCUGUUGAUGAUGAAGUUUAUGAUUAUUAUUUCUAAUGCGUCCUGAUAGCUUGCCUGCAGCUUUUCCCAUUCAACAAAAAAACUAUAUUUGAGUAGACAUUUUUAGAUCAUAAGUUAUACAUUUUAUGUUAAUUUGUUUUAUUUACUGAAACGCAAGGAGAAGUUUUAUUAUUUACAUAAUUCUAUAAUCCAAUUGUUUUGAAUUAUUACAAAUAAAAUUGCAUAUAGAUUUAUAA